AUGCCCAAUAAAUCUGUACGUGUUUCCCGUCCCUAUUGGGAAUCAUCACCCUCAAUUUCUUCUCAACUUGCUCAUCGACGUAUAUUUAUUGCCAAAAACGAUUCUUGUCCUCCACAAACAACAGCAUCUUCCUCUCAAAAUGGAACCAUAAAUGAGACGGCAACAAACAAUAUAAUUAAGAAAAUUAGCCACAACGACAACGAAAGAAAAAGCAGCAUUUCAAGAAUAGCUACAGGAAAUAUUUCUUUUACAUCUGCAUCAAUUACUAGAAGGGAAUUAUUAUUAACACAAUUUCCAGCUAAUCCAUAUCACAAUGGGGGCAGAUUACUUCUAAAACGAGACAGUGAAUUGGGCCGUAGUUUGGAAAGUGUUUGCAGCGGUGCUUCUUUGAAAACAAAAACUGUUGCUAAUAAAGCAGCUGGAUUUGUUUCAAAUUCUCGAAAAAAGUCUGCGAGAGAAGAAAAAACAUCUGGGUUAAAUUCAAGGAAUGGCAGUGCAAAGUCUUAUGAACGGAAUCAUAGCCGUAUUGGAUACCAAACGCGUACCUCUUUUCAUCAAAAGAUUCAAGUGCAAGGAACACUCAGUGAACCUUUAAACGCCCCCGAAAUGGAUAAACAACGUUGUUUAAAUAUUUCUUCACCUCCGGCUACGGAAAGGACAUCAAAUGGAGUAGUAGAUGAAACUUUUAAUCGUUCUACUUCAAUUAGACGUUGUAUUUCAUCAAUUUCGAAACGUUUCAAGAAAUCACCAUUUGAAGAAUUUACUCCGCCUGUUCUUCAAAAUCAGACAGAAAAUAAUUAUGAAGUCGACGGACCCCACGCACUAAUACCCUCUACAAGCGAUGAUUCCCUUGACAACGACCCAGAAUUUCUAGAAUUACAAGAACGUGAACAAAUUGUGGAUAAAUAUGAAAGAGGCCCUGAACAAAAAGAUGUUGACCCUUGGGAAAACCCAAACUUUGAACUUUACAGGAUAACAGACAGAUAUGGAUUUGUUCACAAAGACGAAAAAUUCUCGGCAGAUGAAGCCGAGAAGAAACGAAUAAAAAAAGAACUUAGAAGAGAAGAUAAAUGGGUAAUUAUGUUCAAAGAAUGGGAACAUCUACGUCCAUCUAAAUUACCUGAAAGAAUUUGGAAAGGAGUACCAGACAAAUUUAGACUUUUAGUUUGGAUGCGCCUUUUGGGGGCAAAUGAACUCAAAGCAAAGGCUCGAAAUAAUUUAUAUAAUGAUUUAUUAAUUCGUGCACGUCUUGUUUCCAAAGACAUUAAACAAAUUGAUUUGGAUAUAAAUAGAACAUAUAGAGACAAUUUGGCAUUUAGAAGGAGAUAUGACGUGAAGCAACAAUCUUUAUUUAAUUUACUCACUGCAUAUUCAAUGUUAAAUACAGAAGUUGGAUAUUGCCAAGGAAUGAGUCAAAUUGCGGCUGUUUUUCUCAUGUAUAUGGACGAGGAAGAUGCAUUUUGGUGUAUGCAUGCACUUUUAGUUACAAGAAAAUACACAAUGCAUGGCAAGAAAAAUUUUUUAAAAAUUAUUUUAACUUUAUUUUUAAAGGUUUUUUUGUUCCCGGCUUCCCAAAACUUCAUCGCUUCCAAAAUCAUUAUGACAAAGUUUUGCUCAAAUAUUUGCCAAGAGUUAGGAAACAUUUGGUUCGUCUUUUGGUUUUUACUUCUUUCUAAUUAUUUUUUAAAGGACCAAACAGGCAUUCCCCCAAUUUAUUUAACAAAAUGGUGGUUUGGUUGUUUCCUAGAUCGAGUCCCUUUUUCAUUAACGCUUCGUUUAUGGGAUGUUUUUCUUUAUUAUGGAGAUUGUAUUCUCAUUGCUAUGGCCUAUAAUAUUAUGAAAAUGCAUAAAAAAACUAUAUUGAAAUUAAAUAUUGAACAAUUUAUGGAAUUUAUUCAAAGAACAUUAGCUGAAGAUUUUGGAUUUUCUGACGAUAAAGUAAUGGAAUCAUUAGAGGAAUGUUUGAAGAAAUUACAGAAUGACAAAAUGGCAUUGCCACCCCCUCCAAAUCCAACGGAUCCACAAGAAGUUCCCACAAAACAAUUAGGCCCAAUUCUGACACGUUCAAUGCUGGAUAUUCGCUCUGAUAUUGCUGAAGUCUACAGUAGAUGUUCUCGUGCCAAUUCAUUAGCCGGCCGUUCCCCAGCCCCCAGCCGUCGACAACAGCAAAGACAUUACAAAUCAGCAGCUGCAGCAAUACGUGUUCCAAUUCAGGAUGCUACAAUUGAAGGAACAACAACAAAUACUACAAAUACAAUACCUUUCUCAACCCCAGCCUCUUCAUCUUCAUUUGUUUCCCCUCCAGUUGAACCUUUCCUUAGAAGAGUUGGGUCUACAAAGGAUAGAAGACAUAAACCUCCACCUGUACCAGAUGAAGAUGGUUUUGUUAGAAUGAGUCCAAGACAGAGAAGGGAACAUCAAUUACAACAACAACAACAACGCUUAGCUGAAGAAGCUGUUACACAUAAACGCCAACCUAGCCAUUAUGAUAAUGUUUUGUCCUCCUCUUCCUCUGAUACUAGUGGUGUUAAUAAUACAAAUAAUGGAAUAAUUAAUACUAAUCAACUUAAUAAUAAUACAAAUAAUCCCUCUACUUUUUAUACCCAACAACACGGAACAAGCGUAUUAAAAAAUUCUAACGUUAACCCUAUUCAACAGCAACAAAUAUUACAAUCUCCUAUUCACAGUAAUAAUGUUGAGCACAGGCGCGAUAUCUCUACUGACAGCAGUGGUCGCCAUCGAGUUCACCGAACACCGAAUAAUGUGACUUAUGUAAUGCUUGGCCCAGAAGAGGAAGAUAAUAAUAGUAGUGAUGGAAGUCAACAAAGUAUUGUGCCUUUUAGAAAAAAUUUUGUUGAACAAAGAACAUCUGCAGCGAUCAGGCGUGUUGUUACUAGUCCACAACAACAAAAACCAUAUUUCCCUCCACCAGAUUAUCCUGGAAGUGAAAAAUUUCUUCCAAAAGCAACCGCCACAAAUAUUGAAAAUAAACCAAACAAAAAUUCUGAAAUCUCAGAAACACCAAAAACAAUAAAAACAAAGGCAGAAAGACAUCCUUCUGAACGAACUCCUUCAAGAAUACCGAUGUCUACAAAUACAGACAGACGUAGACCAUCAUCUCAAAAUGAAAGACAACCUAUGGCAAAACCUUUAUAUGCUAGAGAUGAGAAAACAGUAGUGAAACGUUUUUAA